AUGGACCCACACACCCGACAGCCACUGCGAACGUCCAAAGGAAAUAAAUGUGCCAACGUCCGUACAUAUCACUCAUUUUGUGUUCAUGACCUCUCCAAAUGCACUUCGACGAAAAAAACUGUCAGCACCCCCCAUGGUGUUUCAGCACAAAGGGCCGCUGCUGGGGACCUCGUACUUUUUUUAAUUCCCAUCGCGGACUGUGUCCCGUGCAACCUCCGUGGCCACGCAGCGCAGCGUGCCGGGGCGGGCGUCAUCCACUCUCUCUCCCUCUCUCUCCCGCUCUGUGUGCCCCCCAAUCCUCCUGCGGUGUGCGUGACGGUGGGCGCCGCGCCGAAGCUGCCGCCACCUGCUCUGUCACGUGCGGGGCCGCAGACGUUUCGGUGA